GCCAGAUGCAUUCUAUUCUAAUUGAUCUGAUAACAGCUGGCCUGGGCCAAGUUUGUUCUCGCAACACGUUUCCAUGGCACAGUCUUCUUCUAUCUCUUCGCUUUAUCACGCACCUUCUUCGUGUCUUCAUCAACACCGCCGAAUCUUUCUCGCUUCUCAACGCACCGGAACCGAUUCCACCGCCACUCUCACGUUUGCCUCCACUUCGAACUCCGCUCCCAAAGUCGUCGUCACCAGAGAACGCGGCAAGAACGCCAAGCUCAUCGCUGCUCUGGCCAAACAUGAAAUCAAUUGUUUGGAGCUUCCGCUCAUUGAGCACACCCGGGGACCUGAUUUAGACAGGCUUCCUUGUGCUUUAAGUGAUAAUACAUUUGAUUGGAUUGUCAUAACUUCCCCUGAGGCGGGCUCAGUCUUUCUAGAGGCAUGGAGAGCUGCUGGGAUGCCACAUGUCCGAAUAGGUGUUGUUGGGUCUGGAACUGCAAGCAUUUUCAAGGAAAUUUUGCAGUCUUCAAACCAAUCACUUGAUAUUGCCUUUGCACCAUCGAAAGCAACCGGAAAGGUUUUGGCCACAGAGCUUCCUAAGAUUGGAAAUAAAUCCACUGUUCUAUAUCCUGCUUCUGCGAAGGCUAGCAAUGAGAUUGAGGACGGGCUUUCAAACCGUGGAUUUGAAGUUACACGGAUGAAUACAUAUUCGACGGUGCCAGUUCAACAUGUUGACCUUAUGGUUCUAAAGGAAGCUCUUUCUGCCCCUGUUGUUACAGUAGCUUCGCCAUCUGCAAUUCGAGCCUGGAAGAAUCUUAUUUCAGAUUCAGAGUGGAGCAAUUAUGUUGCAUGCAUUGGUGAGACUACUGCUGCAAAAGCAAGAGGAUUAGGAUUUAGAAAUGUUUACUACCCUACACAACCAGGCCUUGAAGGCUGGGUUGAAAGCGUUCUUGAAGCAUUAGGAUCGUAUGAUGAAUUAUUGAGGUAGUUCUCUCCUUUUCAUAGCAACCUGGACAUGUUUCCAGCUGUUUCUGAUGGAGAGCAUUUGAUUAAAUAUAAUGAUUUGACAUUAUGGAUGAAUUUUAUUUUUCUGUUCAGUAGUAGUUUUAGGAAUAAUGUAGAGGCUAUCAUGAUAUAGUGGUAAAUAGUUCCCCAUGGAAAUAUUGUAUUGCAAUUCCUAUUCCAAUUCCAAUUUUUCUUCUAGAGUUUAAUUACUAUACACUGACUUUGUAACACAAGUCAUUCAAUUAGAAUCCAUCCAUUUGUCAUCUA